AUUCAUGGGUAAUGAGUUGCGCACGCAGUUGUUGUUUUCCAAGAGGAGAUAAUAAGACCAGACGAGUGAAAAUGUUGAAUUUUUUCGUUGAAAUGGUAGUUGAUCAACGAUUUGACCAUUGAACAAUUGAAAGGAUGCAUAUUUCUUAACACACUAGUCGCUGAAGCACAUUUUCUAUCAACAACAUGAGUGGUGAUAGCGGCAUUCUUCUUAUUCGUAACGAUGGCACCAUUCAGCUGAAGGGUGACUCCAAAAUUCUGGGUGAAUAUCAGCUGAAGCAUCGUCUUCUUGCAAAGGUAAAGCCCGAUGGAUCCAUGGGGGUGUUCAUGAUUCCUGAGGAAGGAGUAAACAAAGGAAAGAUGUUUGCUGUCCUGCCGAAUGGGCCAGGUGGAACAGAAGGUGUUGGGUGGGAGCGUGUCGUGUCCGGAGAAAGUUCCUACCUUCGGCCUGUGUUUAAACAAAUGGGUGAUACAAGGUUUGUCGAUCCCAACGUUCACUCCUACUCUAAAAAACCGUUGCCGAGUAAACCAGAGGUUAUAGAUCUAUGUGAUGACUCAAACGUUAAUUCGCUUCAAGAAAACCCCAAAACUGAAGGUUCUAAGACAAGUCAAAGCACUGAACCUACACCAGUGAUGAUGUUUACAAAGGACAGUGCAUCGAAAUUAAAUCCACGUUCAGUGGUUCAUCCACCAACUCAGUGGACAACCUCCAACUCCCAUUUAGAACCAAGUUCCAGAAUGUGCGCAAGCGUUCCCAUUACAACAAAGCCGAUAUCGUCUGCAAGUGUCCCAAAUUCUACAAGGCCUUUGUCGUCUGCAUCUGUCCCCAAUGCUGCAAAGCCUGUAUCGUCCGCUGUAAACAGUAACCCAACUCAAACCAUUGUCACAGCCAAAUCUACAACAACUGCAACUGCUGAUACGAAUUCCAAUUCUGCAGCGCCAAAUGCCCUUGUAGUCAAGGGGACAGGCUCUACCGGAGACGUAACACGAAAAAUAAUGACAGACAUACGUGAUCCUCAAAUUAAGACCGCCGCUCCGAAUGGAGCCAAGUCCCAUGUUGCACCAAGCUCGGUGGCUGUUACUUUAGGACAAAAACAAGAUCUGAUCACACAAAAUACGGCAUCGAUGUCUCUUGUACAACAACAACUGCAUGUUGUUCAAAAUAACGCCGUCAAGGUAAAAUUCCUGUCGUUAAACAGUGCUGGAAAUAUCAAACCUAUGAGUUUAAAUAAUCUGUCUACGACACAAAUUCAAGGUAUUAAUGGCCCUGUCAGUACCAAAGCAUCUUUGAACUCGCUGAAUCGUAAUAGUUUACCCCUUUCAGUACAGAGUGCAACAAGGUUGCCUUUCUCACAAGUUUCUGUUUUGGGUGUUCCAGGAUUGGCUAUUCCAGCAAUGACUGUACCUAGUAAUGUGUCUUUGGCGACUGCAAAGACUCAAGGAACAGCCAACGUUACGCUCACCGCUUCAACAACUGCCAAUGCAACGGCCUUUAACCCCCAACAGCAACCUACAAUAAUGAUAAACUCUGUGUUUUCUCUUGCCCCAGUUGAUCCAAUCAAGCCUUGGCUCAAUAAUGGGAAGAACAUGCCACUUUCUGAGGUCGAUUUCUGGACAGAGGCGAUUAAUUUGAAAAUAGACACCAAAGUUUUAAAAGAUAAGCGUGUUCGGAAGGGUUGUUCUGUCGUUUUGAACCGUACGACCUCGCAUCGGCCUCAAAAAUUAAGAGGUUGUCGGUUUAAAGAUACACAGUGUAAUGUUGCUUGCCGAAAAUUAUUCAUCAAGGCGCUAAUGAAGGAUCUUACGAGAAAGAAACUUUUAAAAAUGAAAAGGCGAAAGCUUUAUUCAUCACUGUCUCUUGAAAUAAGGAAAAAAGAAAAAAGUGAGUUGGGUAAAACGUCAGAACAACUGAAGGUUCAAAAUUCGAACACCCCAGUGUCACGUGAUCUACUGCAAAAUAACACACCAACUUUGAAUCUGCAGGCAGCAUCGCAGGUUUACGCUGCCACUAUGAAAACUAACAAUAGUGUACCAAAUCUUCCCCAAAGCAGGUAUUUGUUGGUGCGAAUGAAUGGACAGAAUGUCCUUUUUCCUAGUUCAAGCAUCAGCAGCAUUCCAAGUGUUGUUCCCGGCACUGCUCCAGCAGUACAAGCUAGUUCAAUGAACAAUCCCAGAACUCUGUUAGGAGCACGACUUAACCUGCAACCAACAAGUGUCAUGAAUCCACUUCGUCCUAAUUUGCCUGCGUCCACUUUACACUCGGUGAUGUCUCUGCCUCAGCUCGGUUCGUCGAGUAUCAUUAACACUAGUCUCCCGGGAACGUCCAUAAGCAAUGUAGCACGACCAACUACGCCAGCUGCAGGAAUUACAAGUAACAGUGUGCUAACUGGUAGGAAUCUCACCAACAGCAACCUGCAAGCAAUGCUACGUACGCAGCAACCAGUCAUGAGACUAUCAGUCCCUUUGUCGGUUCCCAAUACGCUCACUUUGGGCCAGGUAGGGGCAAUGAGCCAUAAUGGGCCGUAUCCUGUCGCACUCCGAGCUGUGAAUCCAAGUGUACGAGCAACUUGUGCUAUGACAGUACGGAGAAUCGGCCAGUUACCAGCCUCGAGGCCACUAAUGCAGAGUCAGCUGACUUCAUUUUCCACGCAGACACCGCGAAUGACGUCAGCAAAUAAUACUUUAGUGCGCGCGCAGUCCACAACACUUGCGCAAAGAAGCAGCACGUUGCAGACGACAGCUACCACCACACUUACCACAACAACGUCAAGCGUCGCGUCAGCCGCCGUUGAUGAGCCAGUUUCGGGCGUUGCAAAGUCAAAAGUAAACAAGGGAAUAAAAUAUUACUUCAUUCCCGGUGGAAUUAAAAUCAAAUACGAACCCAAGACUUCAGGGUAUGGCGAUGAAAAAGAAAAGAAACAGAAAAAGCACAAAAAACACAAGAGACCACGAUCUCCUGGAAGUGACUCCUCUGACAAUGGGGAUAACAAAAAGCUAAAAUCUCACAACGGUGAAAAUGACACGAGUAAGAUACUGGACGAUAUUGUUAAGGUUACCAAUGAAACUGACAUAGAGCAGCUAUCAAAAUCGGAAAUGAGUGCAGAAAGAAUAAAACAGCUCAGAGAAAAGUUACACGAAAAUCAGCGGAAACUGGAGGAAUAUUUACGACAAGUGGAUAAAUGACGUUUGUGCAUAAUAUUUAGAAAAGACACUUUAUCACAUUUUCCCCAUUUUUAGAAAAUUGUAAUUUUCAUUUUGUCCUUUUAGUUCAUAAAUUUUAGAUGUAGAAAACUUGGAGAAAAACUGCUAUGUUUUGUAGAAUUUGUCUAUUUUUUCAGAUAGAAUUGCCAUUUAACUUUGAUCUCACUGAGGGACUUUUUAGUUUCUGUCAAGCGUAUUACUUGUAUGAUGAAUGCGUGUUGUCUUCCUGUGUAUGGGACAUCUUUGGGUGUUGUUAAUUUGUUUAGUUUUGAUGAAAAGUGUAAAUGUAUGUUGUACUUGAAAACAGGAACGUAUAUAUAUAAUUUACUCUGUAAGUAGUCAGUACACACAUUUCUGAUGCUGCAAGUGCUAUACAGAUCGAUUUUACAAUUUUUACUCUUCAAUGAUGAAUGUGUUUAUUAAAGUGUUUUAAUGUUUUAAAAAAGUCAUGAUUUUUGACGCUGCAGAUUUGAGCAAAAUAAAUUUCAGCCACCUGCGUGUUGGGGGGGGGGGUGUUUAAAAGUUUCUAUCAUCGUAAUUUUGUGGCGUUAUUUAUUUGAAG